AAAUCUGGACCCCCAUGCAUUCCCUUUUCACCCACUUUCAUGCAUACUUGUAGACUUCUUGACCAAGAAUUCAUGGCAAAGUUUUCCACAGCAGGGAGAGAGGAGGGGGAGAUGGAAAGCCCCAACAUGGCCAAUCUGCUACUGCUACUCUCUUGUAGUGGAGCAAAGGCUCAGAAGAUUAAUGGCAUCAAGAAGCCUGUGGGGCGGAUGUACGAGUGCAAGACAUGCAAUCGCCGGUUUCCGACGUUCCAAGCACUUGGAGGCCACCGGACGAGCCACAUGAGGCCAAGAGGCCGGAGGAAUCCGGUCGAACAGACCAAGAAAGAGAUAUCAAAGCCAAGGACGCAUGAGUGCCCUGUUUGUGGCUUGGAGUUCCCCAUAGGGCAGGCCUUGGGCGGCCACAUGAGGCGGCACAAGCCGGUGGAGGCCGGUGAGAUCCAUGCAGAAGAGGAGAAAGCUGGUGAAGGGAAGUUGGACUUGAAUUUGACUCCUUUGGAGAACGAUUUGGAGCUCACAACCCUACGACUUGGACUAGAGCUCGUAAAGGAGGCUUCUAUCAUCGAUUUCUUUAGUUGCUCAGGCAGUACAUAAGUAGCAGACUUGGAUUUCCUGUGCUUAUUCUACUUUGUCCAUUUCUUAAGAUUUUUUUUUUUCGGCGAGUUUUAUUUUUUAUUUUUUUAUUUGAUGGUUUUUGGGUAAAGCUUAGAACACUUAGUAUCAGUUUCAUAAUAUUAGUUUAUUUUUUUGCUGCAUGGACAUCACCUUUCUUUUACCUAAUAACUCCCUGUUAUAUAUUCUU